AUGGCUUUCAUCAAUAACCCCAAAUAUGAGAAUGUGCCUUCAGAUGAAGAGUCUGAGGCUUCUCUCAGAUUCCGGAGCGUCUCACGGGCUACCAUCUCAAGGGCUACCAUCCUGCGCGACUCUGUUUUCACUCUUUUAGGUCUCGCAAUUGGGUUUUCCGUGGCCUUUUCUAUCAACUACAAAGAAGCUACACAAAAAACCGAGUCAGAACAAUGCUGGGUCUUUGGAAAUGCCACACCCAUUCCCUCUGACGUUAUAGAACGAGUGCCGCAAGUUUUUCAACCGGACCCUCGGUACUUUGGAAAUUCUGAACAAAUCGAUCUUAACUGGAAAACCUUAGUUGAUUCCGACGCAAUUUGGGUUGGAAAUCCAGAAGAAUACGGUCUGGGCCAGGGGAUGCAGCCUCCAAAGCAGUACCCGUUGCCAUACACCAACACCUCAGCACUUCCAUCAAACUUUUAUGAUGUCUCGACCCUCCACCAAGUCCACUGUCUGAGCAAGAUACGAACACGAUACUGGCAGCUCAUGACAGUGGGCUACCAGGCCGAUGACCCCAAUAACGAGGAGAUGGAAUCACAUGUAGAGCAUUGCAUUGAAUACUUGCGGCUCAGUCUGGCGUGCGGAGAUUUCCUGAUUGUGGAACCUAAUGAUUCAGGAUGGGGCCUCGAGCGCCAGUGCAUUAAUUAUCCGAAGUUGCGUGCUUUUCAAGAUUCUCAAGCGGCCCUGUACAUAGAUUCGUGGGCAGAUUCGGGUUCAGCGCCUAUCUAG